AAGAAAUCUUGAAGCACGUAGCACGCUCAAUGCCCAGGCCAAAACUGACGCAAAGAAAUGCUUUUGGGUCAGAGAGAGCUAUCGGUCCCCUCAUCCCAGCCCCGCGAACUACUUUGCGACCGCAAAGGGGCAACGGGAAUUCCAAUAAUGGCAAAUUACUCCUCCUCCUCCUCCUCCUCUUGUUAUCCGAUCCUCUGCGCUUCUUUCAAUCAGGACACGAGUUGCUUUGCAAUAGGGACGAGGGAUGGAUUCAAGAUAUUUGAUUCUCAUACGGGGAGACUCUGUUAUGAGCGAGCUAUUGGAGCUUUCAUCAUUGUCGAAAUGCUAUUCAGCUCAAGUCUUCUUGCCAUCGUUGGGGCCGGUGAACAGCCAUCUUUAUCUCCACGUCGUUUAUGUUUGUUCAAUACUACAACUGGAACUGCUCUCCGAGAACUGAAUUUCUUAACAUCACUUCUUGCUGUACGCCUGAAUAGGAAAAGACUUAUUGUUGUUUUGCAAGAAAAGGCAUACAUAUAUGACUUAAACAGUCUUGCUAUCCUAGAUACGAUCGAUACUGUACCCAAUUCAAAAGGACUUUGUGCUUUCUCCCCUAGUUUGGAUGGUUGCUUUUUGGCUCUUCCAGCGAGCUCUACCGAGGGAUCUGUUCUAGUGUACAAUGUUAUGGAGCUUCAUUCACAUUGUGAGAUACAUGCUCAUCGCUCGCCAUUGGCUGCAGUAGUCCUUUCUACAAAUGGGAUGUACAUAGCAACAGCAUCUGAACAGGGAACUGUAAUUAGAGUUCAUUUGGUUUCAGAAGCAACUAAGUCGUAUAGCUUCCGCAGGGGUACAUACCCUUCAACUAUAUUUUCAUUGUCAUUUGGGUCAUCCAUGCAAUUUCCAGAUAUUCUUCUAGGCACAAGCUCUUCAGGUUCUGUUCAUGUUUUUUCACUGGGAUUUACUAUAAAUCAAAGAAGCAGAAGAUCAGGUAAUUUUCUUGCAUCAAUCAUGCCUGGAUCAGUAAAUGAUGCAUUGGAUCUGACUCAUCAUCAUGUGCUUCAUAAUGCUGUUCCAGCAGAAGUCAAAAGCUAUGCAGUCAUUCACAAAGUGACCAAAGAUUCUGACACAUCCACAUCUGGAUCUGGUACUUGUAGAGCCAGUAUAUACAUAAUCACCUAUAAUGGCUACUUCUUGGAGUACAGCUUCCUUGUCAACCAUCAAAACGAGUCCUCGUGGAGUUUGGAGCGUGAAUUCAAUCUUUUAGGAGUGAUCCCAGGUAAUGCCAGCAAUUCAUGAACACGAUCCUGCAUUUCGCGCCUGUCCCGAUUUCCCCGUCCAUUGAAGUGUGUGAUUAUAAUUCACAAGUUGCUAGAUCAAUGAAGAAUACCAUUUAGCUGGCUUUUAAGUUCUCGUUUGUUCAACCCCUUCUCUGUACAAUUGCUGACUUUUUACGGCAUGUGUUGGUUUGUGCAAUGAAACAAGGUAGAAAAGAAUGGAAUACAAUUUGAAUAAAGAGUAAUCAAAUCAAGAGAUAAAAUUUUAUUUUGUUC